AUAACGCACAUCUCCUCUUCCCCCACGUUGUUUCCAAAUCCAAACAACAUCUAUCUCUGAUAUCCUCAGCACAUGAACACAAGCACAAAUUAUACGGAACAAAAAUUAGAUUGAAUAUAUAUUUUUUUUGUUCUGUUUUGUGCAAAGGUGCAGCCAAACAUGUUACGGCGAAAGGGAUGGCUAGUACUGUACAGUCCAGCUGUAUAUACAAUCAUUGCCACCAGCUUUUGCUAUCAAUGAUAUUGGAGAGGAUCUGAUUUCUAAAUGAAUUAUUAGACUACAAAGCUCCUAUUCACAAUUGUCGGUGUUAGUUUCAUAUUUCUGAAAACAAAGUUUAGGCGUUUUGGAUUUUUCAUACAGAAAUCGGUAAAAGCUGCACAAAUAUGACUUCCAGUGAGAAAUCAGAAAGUGGUCUGAGGGUUGAUUAUAGGGCACCUUUGUUAUCAAGAAUUGAUGAUGACGUGCCGGUGGAGAAACGCAAAGGAGCUUCUUUUGCUGGAUCAGUGUUUAAUCUAUCAUGUUCGAUUGUGGGUGCUGGGAUAAUGAGUUUGCCUUCAACUUUUAAAUUGUUAGGAAUUGUUCCUGGCACUUUACUUGUUAUUAUUGCUGCAUUCUUAACCGAGGCUUCUGUUGAGAUGUUGCUUCGAUUUAGUAAGCCUGGUUCAUCAUUUUCCUAUGGCGAUGUCAUGGGUGAUGCAUUUGGAACUAGUGGAAAGGUGUUGUUGCAGAUAUGUAUAGUAAUCAACAAUAUUGGUGCUGUUAUCAUUUACCUGAUCAUUACAGAGGAUGUGAUUUCUGGUUCAACUUCAAGUGGGAUUCACCAUGCUGGCAUUUUAGAAGGAUGGUUUGGUGAAUUUUGGUGGACUGGGCGUGCCUUUGUGCUUCUCGUCCUAACUACAUUUGUUUUUAUUCCUUUAAUAUGUUUUAAGCGGAUUGAUUCAUUGAGAUUCACUUCUGCUAUAUCAUUUGUUCUUGCUGUACUGUUUAUUGUUGUGCUGAUUGGCGUAACAAUAUACAAACUGAUUGAGGGAAGCAUAAAGACACCUACAUGGUUUCCAGAAGUUGAUAGCGCAACAUCCUUCCUAAAUCUUUUCACUGCAGUUCCGGUUCUUGUUUGUGCAUAUUUAUGUCACUUCAAUGUACAUACAAUUGAAAACGAGCUUGGAGAUUCACCUAGGAUGCAAGCUGUUGUUCGAACCUCACUUGUUUUUUGUGCAGCAGUAUAUCUAACGACAGGCUUCUUUGGGUUUCUUCUGUUUGGCGAUUCAACUCUUUCAGAUGUGCUCUCCAACUUCGACACCAACCUUGCAGUUCCCUACAGCUCUCUUAUCAACAGCAUUGUUCACAUCAGCUAUGCAUUACAUAUCAUACUUAUAUUUCCUAUCAUAUUUCACCCACUGAGGCUUAAUUUGGACGGCCUCCUUUUCCCCUCAGCAAGGCAUUUUCUGUCGCACAACAUAAGAUUUGCAUUCAUAAGCAUGGGACUUCUCGCGGUGUGUCUUUUUGGAGCAAUAUACAUACCAAGCAUUUGGAUAGCUUUCGAGUUCGCUGGUGCAACAGUAGGGGUUAUGCUUCUUUUCAUAUUUCCUGCUGCCAUCACCCUCAGGGACUAUCAUUCUAUAGCAACAAGGAAAGACAAGUUUCUAGCUGUUGUUAUGAUCAUUGUAGCAGUGUUCUCAAAUGUAGUGGCUAUAUACAGCAAUGCACACUCUUUGCUUUACAAUUCGAACAACUCCUAGUCACUAUAUGUGCAUCAAUGCUUGUUGAUUACAAUGCAGGGGAGGGAGGAUUGCAUGGAGCUCACGGCAAUUCUUGUUGCUAACAUUCAAAUGAUUCAGCUAGAUAUAGCAGCUGCACCUUCAUAGUUCAUACUCUGUCCCGUCAUGUAUCAUGUAAUUUGCAAAUAUAGUUGGAUGUAAUUGCAAGUAUAAACAUUAGUAUUACUGCACCUACUCUUUUCAGUUUUCACCACAGUAUUGGUGAUAAUUAAAGUUGUAUAUUAAAUUAUACAAGCCUGGUAAUCUAGUAUGGUUAUUGGCCA